AUGAUGGCAAGAAGGUUAGGCCAGGUUGAUGAAUACCAUCAUCAUCAUCAAGGCAACAAUAGUAUUCGAUAUACUUCAUCACUGGCUUUGUUGCAAGAAAGGUUUAAUCAGCUCCAAAAGACGAGAGAAAUGAGGCUGGAAAAGGAACUGAUGAUGAUGAAGCUGAUCUCAACAGCUGCUGUUAAUUCCACGCUGCUCUAUCAUCAGUAUGUUCCUCCUUCUUCCCCAUCAAUGCCUUCUUGCUCUCAGAGUACUUAUGACUCUGAUAUGGUGAUGUUUCAUCAGAAUAAGCCAUCAUCUCACCUGGGAUUCUCCCUCAUUCAGCCGCCGCAGCUGGUUAAGGCUUCUGCUUCAUCACAACAAACCAAGUCGUCGUCUUCAUCAUCAUGGCUUUUCGGGACGAACUUAGGGCUUACUUGUAAAUUUGAUGAUUCCAGCUCUUCGGAUGUUGAUACUUCUCUUCAUCUCUAA